CCAACGCCCCCAGCACACACAAACAGACACACACAACAACAGCCCUGCCCCCAGCACAGACACCCCACAGCUUCCACCCCACUCCAGACAGACAGACACCCAGCUGUGUCCCCUCCUCAGACAGACAGACAGCCCGUAGCCCCCCACCCCCCCAGCACAGACAGACAUCUGACAGCUCGCCCCCCUCACCCAAUGAGUAAACCUCAUUCUGGCUGAUUCGGUGGGAUAGUCAGGAACAUCUGGAUGCUCCCCUGGCCCGUAGGCCUUCCCAGUGGUGUGGGAUGUGGGGAGGACACCUGGGACUGUAGGUCUGGAAAAACAUCUGGCUGCUAUUAGAUCCUGCUCCCCCUGAUGUGGUGGUUUUGGUUUCCCAUAUCAUGGGCCUGCAGUGGCGUAUAACCUGCGUUGCUGUGAGAAAGGCCUUUCCGUGAAGCCAGUUUGCAGGGUGCAAAGGUCUCCCCUGAACUGUGUAGAGAGAUGGAGAACACAAAUAGGUGCUUGAGCAGCCUGAAGAAAGAAAACAUCCCCCCUCUCCUAAGCAGCUAUCUGAAAUCAGAGCACAGAAAAGUCCAGAAGAACGUGAACGUAAAUCUGUAUUUGGGCACUGGAAGCCGAGCGGAAGCUACUCAUUGCUGGGCCAAUGCUGCUGCGUUCACUGUAACCCCUGGCUGGGAAGCGGAGCAAGGCAGGAGUGCACCAGCUGUAAAAAGCAAAGGCCCCAAGAAGAGGGAUCCCAGCCUGAUACAGACUAAUCUCUCUUGCCCUUCUCAGCCUUUCAGGGCUGCUACCAACCAGCUCUCCGCCUCCUGCUCCCAGCAGCAAAAUAACCUCUACUGCAGGCUCCAGCGGCGCAGCUCUGAAAAGGUGGCAUGUGGUAAUCCCCCGCUGCCUUCAUCAUCUCCACCCAACGUGGAUCUUCAGCGGAGACGUUCCUGCUCUGACACGUCUGGGGAGAAUGUGAGUGCCGACGACCUCGCAGAGAGGAGCCUGCAGUACAAGAAGAAACCAAAGGAGGGGUCUAGGUCUAGCCCCUGGGAUCAGUGCUCUGUGCACUGCACCAGCCAUAGCCUUCCAGAGGGAGGAAACCGGAGCAAUGAGCAACAAGGGGAAAAGCAGCAACAUGGACCUUUUGCUGCUUAUGAUGCAGACCAUGCAGAUUCCCUCUCUCCAGCUGUAGUGCCUGUAAUCUCCUCUGCUGGGCUUGUCCCCCCCCACAGACCAAUGGUAUGUCUCUCUCCAGGGAGCUCCAGAGGAAGUGUGAAGUCCUGUUGUCCAGGGCCUGCCCUCACCUUGGACGAACUGGGUCCCCCCAGCUUGGCCGAGUCUGCAGCCCUUCAGUCUCUCUUGCAGUCCUCCAAGACUUCUGCCAGCCUGCACUGCUCAAUCCAGAGGCUUAAGCAAGAAGCUGCUUUAAUGGGGAUAUGGAGCUCCCUCCCUUUGGAGUCCAGGUCUUCUCCACUAGCUUGCAGGUUGUGCUUUGCCCCUGAGGUCUCUACACCUGCUGUCCUGAGUGUGGGAGAGCAGCUUGCUAGAGAACAGAGCAGUGCUAAGCAGGCUAGAAUGAAAUGGGGUCCCCCAUUUGUUAGGGAUUGGGGUCUUGGUUCAGUGACUGGUGAUGUGGGGGAUGCCGAACCUACCUUUCUCUGUCACAGGUGCAGAAAUGCUGAAUUAUUUGUGCAAAGAACCAAAGUUUCAGGUGGAAUCUGGCCAGAAACCCUCUGUGCCGGUGCCAGCUCAGUCUACCUGGUUGAUACAGACGCAGGUAGUCCCUAUGACUGCUCUCCCUACCUCAGGUAUAAAUCUCAGGCACAGCACACUCCACAAGGGGACGGCACAUUCAGCCGUGUAAAAACUCAUUUCCCUGAAAAGCCACUUGGAGUGGAAGAGUCCUUUGCCAGAGCAUCACCCUGCUCCGUGUGUUGGAAGAAGGUCCUUCCAUCCGGCUCAGACCCAGAUGGUUUGCAGAUGUUGCUGGAGACCCAGGAGGGUGGGGCUCCGAUGAAUGUCAGUGUAGCUGUGUAUGGGACUCCAAGGGGAGUGCAUCUGAGAGUCCAGUCUCCUUCUGGAGAUGCAGGGAUCGGUCAAGUCCAGCAGCUUAGUAAUGGCUUCAUAGACGUCGGCACCUCUGAGCCUCAUGGCGAAGACCAGGGAGAGUCAGCAGAGGCAUGUGACAUCGUAUUGUCUGCAGCCAGGAGAACAGCCAUGGUGAAUAACAGGCAGUCUGUGCCUAGUCCCAGCUACAGCCCUUUUAGGGUAACAGCCAGGCAAGGUCCCGGUGAAUAUUCUUUGGUUGCCACUGGCGUGGAUGAUGUGAACUCUACCAUUGAGGGAGGAAAUGAAGAACGCUCCCAGGAGGCCUUCUGCAGGGAUCAGGGGCUCAACACUGACUGGGACCAAUCUGAGAAGCUUCUUGCAGAAAGGAGCAGCAGGGAACUGCAGAGCUGUGAGGAAAGCAGCCAGGCACAGGACAGGAGACUAGCAUGGGAUCUAGAGAACAACUUCUCGCAUUUGGAGAUGAAGGAGAGAAGUUCUCAGCUGCUGUGUAAUAGGCGACGACUAACCAGGUGUUUCCAAGCCUGGAGCAGCCACAUCCUCAGGAAGAGGACUGCAGCUAGGGAGCUCUACAGGCAGCAGCUGCUUCGCAAGGGGCUUGGAGCCCUACGGUGGGCAGUGCAGCUGAGGAAGGUGCAGAUGGAGAUUGCCCAGCGGAGACACUCCCUGGCUGUGCUGUCCGUCAGCUUUCACAGGUGGAAGGCAGCUGUGGCGAAGCGAAACGAAAGCCUAACCUCCCAGCAGGAGCCAGCAAUUCUCACCGAAGAGUCACCAAUCGGUCUUGUCGGGCUGGGGAGAGGUCCAGCUAUGGCAGCCCCAGCAUGGUGCCGGCUGACGGCAGGGUCCCCACAGGAAGCUGCAUGGCACAGUAGGGUGGAGGCAAACCUGUGGAUGCAGCUUCAUCGCAGGCAGAGAGCAGGCGAGCUCUGUCGGCGGGCACAGGCCAUCCAGGACCUGAGGCGGCUGGCUGCAGCUUUCAGACUGUGGCGCCUGCAGAAGGAACUGCUGGACAAAGAGGAGACCAGAGUGCAGGAAGCCCGUGCCCUGCUGGAGAAGAAGCAGCUACAGAACAUUUUCCAGGCAUGGCGUUCACAGAGCUUGGAAACCGAGCGGAUUUUGCCGCUGCUGACUCGGAUCCGGAGAGAGCUGGCCACCCGGUGCUUCAGUGCCUGGAAGCAGUUUGUUGAGCGGAAGGCAUUGUGCAGGCAGAACCUGGAGCAUCACAGGGCAGGGUCCCUGAGGAAGAGCUUCCAGCAGUGGGUCCUGAUGCUGCAGCUCAGAGAAGUGGACAAGAUGACAGCUGUGAACUUGUUUAUCUUGAGGCAGAGGAGAUGUUAUGGACAACAAAACAGCUCAGCUGCCAGUGGGUCUGUGGUGAAGGAAGAUGAAGCUCAGCUAUGCUUGGCUGUAAGAAGAAGUCACAUGUGGAAAAGAGGUGGCUCUUUAGAUGAACUCUACCAGCGAAUGAAGCUCCAGAGGAUAUUUCUGCUGUGGAAGGAGAGGCUCCAUCAGCAACAGCGAGCUAAUUCCUUCUCCCAGGCUUCGGAGCAGCGCCGACUACGGGACGCUCUGAGGCGGUGGCACCAGAAGACUCUUCAGUUGAAUCCUCUUCACCGCAAUCCCAGGGCACCUCAGGAGGAGCCUCUUGCCUUGCUGGAUUCUGAGGACUCUUCUCUGUCCUCCGGCUUCCACAGCAGCACUCUUGCUCCUCUGGUUUCCCAUGGCUCGUUGGAAAAGGAGUGCAGCUUCGGUGACAGCUGCCAGAACAGCCUCUCCUCCCUCCUGACCUCCGAGGAUACCACACCCCUGUCCCGGUCUGUCUGCUCUCUGCAGCAGCACUGCUGCCCAGAAGUCCCAGCUGAAUUGGUGGGAGAGCUCUGUUUGCAGGCGUCCUCUCCGCCACAGAGUCCUCGAGUCGGAGAGAAUUGUUUUUUGGGAGGCCAGCUCCAAGCUUCAGCACUGUGGAGACCAGACAGCGGGAUUGAGCCUCUUGCCAGUUUCUCCGCAUGGGAAGAAAUGCGGUUCCAAGGUGACGUUCUGCAGGGUUACAGUUCUGGAGAGGAACUGGAGAGUCCCUGCAGCUCCCUCUGGCACCAAGCAGAGCUACGACUCCUGCAGAGGUAUUUCUUGGUCUGGUCAGCUCAGACUCAGCAGCAUCUAAAGAUCCAGCAGCAUUGCAGGCUUGUCCUGCUGUCCCGUGCGUUUCUUGGCUGGCACAAGUGGGUUGUGGAAGAUAAGAAUCGGAAAGCCAUGGCAUCCCAACAACAUGGUCUCCAUUGCUGCCAGGCUGCCUUUGACCUGUGGAAGCGGAGGCUAACUCAGAAAGUGGAAGCUGACAGGAGAUUCAGGCAUCGGAUCCGCCAAAAGGCAGCAGAUGCCCUGCGGUGCUGGCAUACCUGCUGGCAGAAGCAGUGCACCCUGAGGGAUCUGCAGCUGCGAUGGGCCCAGCAUAGCUCCCAAGGGAGGAAGAGGACAGUCAUGCGGGCCUGGCGCUGCCAAGCUCAGAAGUGGAGAAACGCUGCUUGGUGCCGGAAGCGUCUCCUCUUGCGCAGGGUCCUAGUUGCUUGGUUCCAGGUAACCAUCCGCAGAGCCACGCAGCACGAAGCUCUCGCCCAGUGCGAGCUCGCCAGGCAGCAGCGUAGCCUCACAUUAUGUUUUACCCGGUGGAGGAUGGAAUUCUUGAGAGCUAAGAAGUGGCAACAAGAAGAGAGAGAUGGCAAACAACAGAGACCUGCUUGGGCUAAAUCCUUUCAGCGCUGGAGAGUGGCCACUAGGGGGCAUCAAGCCCUGCACUUAGACUCCAUGGCUGUGGUGAAACAGGCCUGCAACUACUGGACGAAAGCAGCCGCCUUGUCCCAGAGCUCCCGGCAGCGGUGCACCCUCAUAGGAGCCAGGAAGUGCAGGAAAAUGCCUCUGUCUUGGUCAAUCAAGCCGAGACGACGCAGAGAAAAGGGUCUUGGACCAAGCACAGCAACUUACCAUAGGCUCCUUCCCAGCGCCUUCUGUCGCUGGCUGGUGAUCUACAGAAACCAAAGCAGGACAGAGAGGCUGCCAGUCCAUCAACUUGUGGAGAGGCCUGGUGCGGCGGGCUGGGCACCUGGACAUGCUUGGCCCCCGGAGAGCAGCACCAAGCUGGUACCAGCUGAGCAGUAUAGAAGAUGGCUUGGGACAAAGUACCUGAGACGAUGGCGACACAACGUGCUGCUCCGCCGGUUCCGGGCCGGCAGGAGGAUGCGCUCUCUGGGGAGCGGGUGGCAGCGGUGGAUGGACGCCAACAGGACAGCACUGAUCGUACGGGCGCUGGUUGGGCAGAGGCGGCUGGAAUGGGGCUGGAGGAUCUGGAGGAGGCGCUACCUGCAAAGCCUGGUGGCCCAGAGUUUCCUGGAGAGUGAAGACCGGAGCCUGCUCGCCAGGGCCUUUGGAAGGUGGCGCCAGCUGACAGGGUCCCCUCUGGAGGGCAGAGGACACUGCUGAGCUACUGCAGGGACUGGCCAGAGCUCACCCCUUUGGGCCAGCUGAGAACAUGGCUGGGUAUUGAAAGGAGGGGGGGGGUGUCUCCUUUGAACACUUACCAAGAAUGCAGGGAAGUGGGGCUUUCUCAGAACUGUCGCUGCCGGGCAGCCGCAGGGGCUACCCGCUUCUGGCACAGCCAGUCCCUGCUCUGCUAGUGACACAUCGGCCUGCCAGGCAGGAGCCCAGGAACUCCUAGGAACAGGGCGUAUCCAGCCUGGGGCUCAGUUUCAAAGCACAGGACAUUGUGUCUCCUCCCUGCCCUGCGGUGGGGGGGUGUUCACUCGAGUGAGCUAGCGCUUGCCUAUGGUGGUGCAAGGCAGGACGAAUGCAGCUUGUCUGGUGUAGGCUGCAGGCUGUGCUGACUGGGAGUUCUGAUUAAAGGUCCGUCUGCCACAUACUUGCCUUUGACUCAGGGGGUUCACCCUGUACCACAAACGGCUCCACCCUGGCCAAGGCUACACCAGGAUCCAGUUCUCUGAUGUGGGGGGGAAGAAAUCAAGCUCUUCUCCUGCCCAGGAGCUCCCUGCGUGUGGGCUUGAGCCUUCCAACUCAUCCAGCCCCUGCUUCCUCCUAGCGUAACAAGCUUGACUAGGAGCAGCCUAUGCUGGCUUGAACAGGGGCUCUAUUUUUAGAUCUGCCUUGUCCCAGUGGGGAUUCUUGUGCAGCCCUCAGCUCCUGCAUGUGUUCCCAUCCAUCAGCUCCUCAUUAAGCCCUUCGGUGGGUGGCCAACCUCUGACCCUCUGCCUCCCGCAGGGUCCUUUUUCUGCUGAAUGGGUCUGUGACGAAGAAACCUGCUGGGAACAGCUGAGCAUCAAAAAGCUUUGCUGAGGCCAGGUGGGCAUGUCUGCCCCCACCCCCUGCCCCUCAUUAGAGCCUGCAGUGAUUGAUCUAGCUA